GAAGGAGCUUCUUUGUGCUGCACCACUGGUGCAAUUUGACCAAAAAAAAAAGCCACUGAACUAGGGGGGCGGGGAUUAUACCAUUUCAAGGCUGCCUUCCAAUGGUGUAGAGCCAAUGUACCACUUUUCCUCAUUAUGGCUAGUGUGCCACGAUAAGGGACUGAGGAAAAGAUGGGCUUUCGCUGUGCCUUGCCUCUUCUUGGUUGUAGUUUUGGCCGUUUGAGGCUCUGCCUGUCCCAAGUAUAUUAGAACAACCCAUCAGACGGCUUUAAAUCCGGAGGGAAUCAACUGCCCUUGCACAGGGCUAGCUGUUCACAAACAUCCUGAUCUCCAGUGUAGAUCAGCUGCACAGCAGGAUCUGGCUCAACGCUUUGGAAGAGCUAUUGUACUUUGGGGAAGGUACUUCUCAAGUCAAAGAGGAAUAUGAGAUUCAAUGGUUUUGGAUCAGUACGUCUCCGUUAACUCCAAUUGAGUUAUUCCUGAUUUAUAUCCAGCUGGUGUCUAAGUCUGCUGAGUCAGCCCUUUCUGAAGCUGCCCCUUACUCUCAGUGAUUGUUUGGAUAUGCUGCUUUUGGUGGCAUUGGCUCAGAAAAUCAGAGAAUCAAUGGAACAGAGGUAGUGUCAUCAACUGAAAUAAGAGAAUUUUUGGGGAAAAAAUGCUAUAGCAUAUGCCAUCCUGAAACAUCUGCUGAGAUCCUAUAAUGCAAAGAAAGCAUCAUACAAAUAAUUCCUUCAAAUAGACCUUGGACAUCAUGUAGAUUUUUCAAGAUUCAAUGAUAGGCAACCUUUCCUGAAGCAGCUGUUCUGUUCUACAAUGAAUAACUAUGAGGUGAGACCUCUGAGCUUGUCUGAACAGGCAGGAGCCACGUCCAUGUGGGCUUCCUGCUGUGGGUUGCUGAAUGAAGUCAUGGGUACUGGAGCUGUCCGUGGCCAACAGCCAGGAUUUGGGGGAGGAACUGGCCCAUUCAGAUUUGCACCAAAUACGGACUUCUCCGCAUAUCCAUCUUCAGGAGCCAAUAUAGUCUGCAAAGCCUGUGGGCUUUCAUUUUCAGUUUUUAGGAAAAAGCAUGUGUGUUGUGACUGCAAGAAGGAUUUUUGCUCAGUUUGUUCAAUCUUACAAGAAAAUCUCAGAAGAUGUUCUACUUGUCACUUGUUACAAGAGACAGCAUUUCAGCGGCCUCAGUUAAUGCGAUUGAAAAUCAAGGAUCUGCGUCAGUAUCUGAUCCUUAGAAACAUACCAACAGAUACUUGUCGAGAAAAAGAAGACUUGGUGGAUCUUGUACUCUGCCAUCAUGGAUUAGGUUCUGAGGAUACAGACACUAGUAGCUUGCAUUCUUCAAGGUCACAGACUUCUAGUUUUUUUACACAUCCAUUUUCUCUGUCUGUAUCAGUGUCCUCCUCUCAAGGAGAACUUACAAAUAGAAGAGGAAGCAUAGAAAAUGGAACACCUGUACAGGGACAAAGUGGAAUGCUGCCUUCAAAUGAAGAAGAAGAAGAAGAAGAAGAAAACACAGAAGAGCAGACCCCUAUCAUGUCCAGAAAGCGAGCAAGAGCAUCAUUGUCUGAUAUUUCAAGUCUGGAAGAUAUUGAAGGGUUGAGUGUUCGACAGCUGAAGGAAAUACUUGCUCGAAAUUUUGUCAACUAUUCAGGAUGCUGCGAAAAAUGGGAACUUGUGGAGAAAGUGAGCAGGCUGUACAGAGAGAGUGAGGAAAAUCACACGACACAGGGAGAGAAGAUGCAACUGAAUGAGAGUGAUGAUAAUCUGUGUAGGAUCUGCAUGGAUGCAGUAAUUGACUGUGUUCUUCUGGAAUGUGGUCACAUGGUCACUUGCACAAAGUGCGGCAAAAGAAUGAGUGAGUGUCCCAUCUGUAGACAGUAUGUUGUACGAGCAGUGCAUGUAUUUAAAUCUUAAGACCAAAAAUACGUUUUAUAGCCACCCUGAGUUCCUGUAUUGCUGGGGGCAGGACUGAGGAAGCUUGUUAUUACAAACAUUAGUUUCAAUAUGAAUCAAACAUUUUGAACAGCAGGCUACAGCAGUAUUUGAAACACUUUCCUGUGACAGAAUUAAAACAGCAAUUUGGCAACAUGAUGAUGUGUACUGCAGGAGCUGCCUGAGUUACCUUAUAAAGCCACGAACUGCUUAAGUCCAACUGUUUACAGCAGAUCUAGCAUCACUUAUUGCUCUCUUCUGAAGAACAUCACCUUAAUCAUUAAUUUACUGAAGGGUCCAGUAUAUUCAACAGAAAAGUGCUUUACCAUGACCAUCUUGUUGGAGGAUUAUAAUCUGGUUCACUAGGAGCAAUGCACAAGCACCACUCAAACUUUAUUAAAAGUAAUAUUUAAUAUAUUAGAAUGUAACUGUUCUGACACUAUUGCUACAAUAGUAUUAACAGUCAAAACAAGAUUGUAGAAAGCACUGCCAUUACAUAAGUGUUUCUGUGCAGGUACAGCUAAUCUAUUUUCAUGCUUAUUGCUUCAUUCAAAUGUCUCAUUACAUGUAUAUUGUAUACUGUCCUUGAACAUUCUUUAUCAAACUGAACUGCUUAUUCCUACAUAGCAUUUGGCUGCCAUUAAACAGAGCUAAUUACUCAAUGUUGAGAUUAAAAAUAAAAUGUAGUUAGAGGGAACAGGUGUUGACUUCAGUGGUCCCAAAUUCAUUCAAGCCUAUUAUAUUUUGCAAAGCCUUUCUGUAUUCUACAUACUGGGAACUUUAAAGUGAAUACAGAUCAAUUACAGUGAAACUAGUAGAUACUAGAACUCCCAAAAGUUAGCAUUUCAAACCUUAACCCAUUAGCUUUUCUGGGGUAGGGAUGGGUUGAGAGGAAGGAAGAACAGGAUUAAAAGGAAUUGUAGUUUAAAAAACAAAACUUCUACUUGCUUACAAGUGUGUUGAAUCAAGACUAGGGUAGUGAACAAAAUUGGCAAUUUAACACUUGUGACCCCUGUGAAAUAGGUUAUUCAGUCCAGUUCCUAGAUAGUAUCACACCACCAUCAGGGGCAAUGUUUGUUCCUUUAGAAUACAAACAUUUCCCUUAAAGGGUCCCCCAGCUGAGGGAAAUAAUAGAGUGUAGUAGGAAGCCAGUAUUGCCCACUACCUUUGCUGUAAUCUGCUCUAGUGCUAGAUUUUUAAUAAAAAAAACACCCCUCUAAUGGCAGUUGUUGAAAUGCCUUUAACAUUAUCCAGUGACAACUUUAAUCUGAGUUGAAUUUUACUGGGCAAAUGGUGUUGCACAAAACCUAAUAUUGCCAUAUUGUAUAGGUUUCUUUAACACCUGGGUCUCUCAACUUUCUGUACAGCCCACUAUUCAAUUCCCAGUGUUCACCUAGUUUGAGAAGGCAAGUGCUAGCAACUGGAGAAAUUAGUACAUUAAAAAUACUUUUGGUUUUCUGUACAGUAGAUAGGUAUGGGAGGUCAUGUACCUCCAUCUACUUGGGUCUAGAAUGGGGUGGGGGGUUGGAUUUCUUUUAUAAAAGUACAAGCUGCUGAAGUAGGGGAGUAAGUGCAGGAAAGAAUCUUAAGCUAGAUUCACAUCUUUUAUGAAUGGUGGAGUGUGUGAGAGUGCAAAGCCAUGCUAAAGCCAGCUUCUCUAUCUUAGCUACUUUGAGGGGGGUGGUUUUUUGGUUUUUUUAAGCUAGGUUUCUGUUUUAAAUUAGACUCAAGUGCUGCAAUUCAAUCACAAGGCUCCAUUAGAGGUGGUAAGAGUUGGAAAUGGAAGACAACCUCUGUGCCUAGCUUGCCGUAUGCUACUUAAAAGAUUUCAGGGUUGUUUUUGGCUGGUUAUUUUAAAGAAUUAUUGCACAACCUCCUAUCACUCUUGAAGAAAACAACUCCAAAACUUUGUACACAAGCUGGAUAUUGGCUAAACUAGUCAACUUGUUAAUACUUCUGAAAGUAUAAAGACAGCUGCUGAUGUUUGAGACAAUUCAAAAUAAAAUAUGCAGUUUACAGAGAAUCUUUAGUAAUAGACAUUACUGCUUAUUUCAGAAGGGAGCAGAACUCGGGCUUUAUUUUAGAACUUUCUAAAGUUACUGACUCCUUAAAGUUCUUGUUCAGUUGGUAAGUUAAUGUAGGGGAAUAUAGCACAUGCAUUACCUCCAUUCUGAACAAUGGCUGAAUUUAAUAAAGGUUUGGAAGUGGUCUGGG